CUGUAUUCGAUUGCACUCUAAAUCGAUUGGGUUCCCUUGGAGGAUGUGUAGUUUUGCCACGGAAACUUAUAUGAUUUCCUCCAAUAUGCAUGGCUUCCACAUUUUCGUGUUUUUUUUUGCAAACAUCGUUGUUUUUUCCCAGUUUAGUUGUACUGCAGCAAUUAGUGGGUCAAAAAAUCUCUGCCCAAAUAUCACAGAAUGUUUAGUAUGCUCCGAAACGCAUCUUGGGCAACCGCCAUCAACAUACGUGAACGCAAUAUGCAAUUUUCGAGAAGGAAGCAAGUUGACGGACAUUCCUCAAAAACUGCCAGCAAAGCUUGGAAUAUUGAUGAUGAAAUGGCAAAAUGUUGGUGUACUAAAACGUAGCUCUUUGAAAGACUUCAGAUUCUUGUAUCAAUUAUACCUGGAUAACAAUAACAUUCGGUCCAUGGAGGCUGGAUCGUUCUAUCAUCAGCAAAAUCUUACACGUCUGUGGCUUCCUGAUAACAAACUCGUAAACAUAACUCGUGAAACUUUUGAGGGAUUAAAAAACCUGGAAGAACUUCGUUUGGAUCAUAAUAGGCUACGGAGGAUUUCCCGAGGAACAUUUCAUUAUACACCACUCUUAAGAAAGCUUGAUCUUCGGAAUAACACAAUAAGUAUGCUAGAGGAAGGUGCAUUUGACGGAUUGGAUCACCUAGAAGAGCUUUUGUUAAGUUUUAACUCUCUUACAACUAUAAACAAAGACGAUUUUGGAAAUUUAAUGUCCUUGAAGACUCUUAAGCUGGACUCGAAUAGAAUAAGGACAAUUGAUGGAAAUGUUUUCGAUUGUGCCCCGCUAAUCAGUACACUGGAGUUGAGUGGAAACAAGCUGGAUAGAAUUCCCAUUAAAACCAUCGGGAACCUUAAGUUUCUAGAAUUUCUCCAAAUCAACAACAAUCCUAUAAAGUUAAUAGAAGCAGAUACUUUCAACGGGCUACAACGUCUGACCAAAAUCGAUUUGAGUCACUGCAAUAUUUCUUCGAUUCAAAAUGGGUCUUUUGAUGACCUCGAACACCUACGAACAGUCUAUCUACGUAAUAACUUUCUAAACUGCAACUGCCACUUGAAAUGGCUACCGACAUGGCUGUCAAAGAGACCAGAAUUGACAUUUAUUGGCGCUAUUUGUCACGAGCCAAAUGAAAUUUCUGGAAUUGGGUUGACCUCGGCAAACCUUACAUCUUUUGUAUGCUCAUGCGCAGCGUGUAAAAUGGAUGCAAAUUGCAGCGGGAAACCAGUCAAUUGUUCCUGUGCGGACAAAUGGGCGGGUUCAUCCUGCAGUGACACCUGUCGGUUAAACAGUGAGGCUGUCAACUCGUGCCAAAGAUUUGGCGGGAAAUGCAUUUGUGGAAGAAACACGACCAUUAACCCAUUGUCAAAAGUCACUUGUUCGUUCAACAUAACCACGGCAAAGUGCAGCGAAGAUGGCGAAUUGAAAAAAAUCGGAUCUCGUUUAGAGUGUAAAUGUAAAAAAGGAUUUAAAGGGAACGGAAUUCAUUGCAUUGACAUAAAUGAGUGUAACACAGGGGCGGCCUCAUGUCUACCACAUUCAGAUUGCAUUAAUACGCCAGGAUCACACUACUGUAAAUGCCAUAGGGGAUUUACAGAAGAAUUUCCUGGACCUAUAGCGCUGUGCAAGGACGUAGAUGAAUGUUUGCGGCAAAAACGAUGUCAUUUCAACGCCACAUGCUAUAAUAGUCCAGGUUCAUAUACUUGCAAAUGUCGCCCGGGCUUCGUUGGAGAUGGUGUUUCAUGUUUACCAGAACCAGAAAAGCCGAAACAUCUCAUCAUAACAGUCAUUUCUCCUACAGAGGUCUCCGUGUCAUGGACUUCUGUGGACAUUUCUAAAACGAUGCUAUUUAAGGUGGAGUAUAAAAGAUUUGGGAUUGAUGGCGCGGACUGGGAGGUUGUAAGCCUGCAACCAAACGAAACAAAAGCGACUUUAAGAGGGCUGACGCCUUAUGCAAACUACUUGGUUCGUGUUGGUGCUUUUUCCUUUUUUAACACAACCAUUUACAGCGAGAAGAAGCUCUUCACCCCGGGCGUGCAUCCGACAAAAGACUUAUCCUCAGAGGGUGGUUUUCAAGAUAGCGUGGUAAUCGUUGUGGCGCUCGUAGUAAGCUUAGUUGUGCUAAUAGUCAUCGCCUUGUUACUCGUCUGCUUAACGCGAAGGAAGGAGAGGCCCAAAAGGAGAAGCAAUCCACAAUAUGUCCCUGGACUGGAAGACUUGAUUGAAAUGAGAACCCGAACUCAUAGUGGUGGAGCUGAUCCCAGAGGAAACAGAGAUCGUUUGGAGCUAGGCUCUAAUUUGCAUUCGUUCGCGAGCGGUGCAGUCGAUCAAACUGAUGAAUGGGAAAUUGCGCGUGACCGUCUCCAAAUUGGUCAAAAAAUCGGCGAAGGGCAGUUUGGUUUGGUGUUGGAGGGUACGCUUACGACAGAUGACGGCCCCGUAAAGGUUGCCGUGAAAACCAUUAAAGAACACGCUGAUCGCUUCGAUUACAAGGAUCUACUCCUGGAAAUGGAAAUGAUGAAAGAGAUUGGUCAACACUCCCAUGUCGUCAGCCUGAUAGGCACGUGCACCACACCAGGACCGCUGUACAUAAUAACCGAGUAUGUUUCAGGCGGAAACUUACUUGAUUACCUGCGGUCCAGUCGUCCGGCGGAUGAGACCUACGUGAACAUCAUCUCCACGCUAAGUUCACGUGAUCUUCUGAAGAUUGCAUUGGACUGCGCACGAGGAAUGGGUCACAUUGCUCUGAAGAAAUUUGUCCAUCGUGAUCUUGCCGCUAGAAAUGUUCUCCUCACUGCUGAACAUGAAGCGAAGGUGGCAGACUUUGGGCUUGCGCGGGAUGUUUAUGGCGAUGGGCAAUACGUUAAGACUGGUGGGGGGCGAGUCCCUAUAAAAUGGAUGGCCCCUGAGUCCAUUCAAGAUCAGAUCUACACCACCCGUUCGGAUGUCUGGUCCUUUGGAGUCCUCCUAUGGGAGAUUGUUACAAUCGGGGCAUCCCCGUAUCCCUGUGUUCCGGUGAAUCUUCUUCUUACGAAGCUCCUAUGCGGCUAUCGUAUGUCGAAGCCAGCUCACUGUUCUGACGAACUGUACGGAUUGAUGAAGACUUGCUGGCACUUGGAUCCUGAAAAAAGACCGACUUUCUCCGAGAUUUGCGUCACCUUGUCAGAGAUGCUGUCCGAAUCAGCAAGAUCUUACGUCAAUAUCACCAUUAGUGAGGAACGAAUGGGGUCUGGGGUAGAGUUAAGCGAAGACGCUAGUGAGCAGACGACCUCUGUUUGAAUUUCUGUCCCAUCAGAUAUUUUGUGCGUGAAAGUUGGAGGGUAACGACUUCAACGAAAGUUACGUAUGAUGCACGAUCCUCGCAGUAGACAGGUAGACGUAUCUAUAACCGCAGUUCAAAAUAUAUGAACUUCAUAUAUUCAUCGUAUUCAACGAAAGUGUUACCAAACUGAUGUAUUGAUUAAUAUGAAAUAAUACUUACAUUGUGGCAUAGUUUACAAACUUGCAGAAACAGUCCUGCGCCCUCGAUCUCUGGUUAUUUUUUUUUUAAAUUUACCUUAACCGGCACUAGUUUCAAAUUCUUGUCCCAGAAUUUGUUUGUGAGGUACGAAGCAUUCAUUGUGCUUGUGUGAAAGGUUGUAACCAAGAGGUUAUAAUAUUUUGUUAUAACAUAAUUAUUGAAUUCGAUUUGAAAAUAAUUGUGUUUUGAACGAAGGAACUCUAGAGCCUUUGGAAACGAAAAAGACUUCCUCAGAGACUAAACAUGAAACAUGGAUUUUACUAAUACUCGUGCUUCAGAUAAAAGAAGUAUUUAAUAUCGGUCAAGCAUUUUAAUAUUUUUUUGCCUAGGAGCUGCUCUCUGUGGUUUUCGACUUAGUGACUCCUUCACGGGCUUUUAGCAGGUCGCAUAGAAUAAACUUUGUGAAAUAAAAAUUAAGAACAGAAAAACAGUUUGAGGAGAAUGAUAUGAAAGACUUUGCCUCGCACGGAACAAAGUAAAGGAAUGGAAGGCUCCUUUGUACUCAUUAAUACUGAUAUACUACCCUAAAUGUCUUCAAACCUAAUUCAUCUUUUUUCCAUAUUUACAGAGCUUACCUUUUGGCUUUUAUCGUUUUCAAUGACUUAAAAUUAUUAUUAUAUUACUUAUUCCAUUCGUAAAUUUUGAGAAUCAAAGCACAAUACCCAAUAAACCCCGUUUUAAC